AUGGAGCACACGCACGCCCACCUCGCAGCCAACAGCUCGCUGUCCUGCGGCUUGGGCUUCGUGCCCGUGGUCUACUACAGCCUCUUGCUGUGCCUCGGUUUACCAGCAAAUAUUCUGACGGUGAUCAUCCUCUCCCAGCUGGUGGCCAGACGUCAGAAGUCCUCCUACAACUAUCUCUUGGCCCUGGCGGCGGCCGACAUCUUGGUCCUCUUUUUCAUCGUGUUCGUGGACUUCCUGUUGGAAGAUUUCAUCUUGCACAUGCAGAUGCCUCGCGUCCCCGACAAGAUCAUAGAGGUUCUGGAGUUCACGUCCAUCCACACCUCCAUCUGGAUCACGGUUCCCUUGACCAUCGACAGGUACAUCGCCGUCUGCCACCCGCUCAAGUACCACACGGUCUCCUACCCAGCCCGCACCCGGAAAGUCAUCGUCAGCGUGUACGUCACCUGCUUCCUGACGAGCAUCCCCUACUACUGGUGGCCCAACAUCUGGACGGAGGACUACAUCAGCACCUCCGUGCACCACGUGCUGGUCUGGAUCCACUGCUUCACCGUCUACCUGGUGCCCUGCUCCAUCUUCUUCAUCUUGAACUCCAUCAUUGUGUACAAGCUCAGAAGGAAGAGCAGCUUCCGGCUCCGCGGCUACUCCACGGGGAAGACCACAGCCAUCCUGUUCACCAUCACCUCCAUCUUCGCCACGCUCUGGGCCCCCCGCAUCAUCGUGAUCCUCUACCACCUCUACGGGACGCCCAUCCAGAACCUCUGGCUGGUGCACAUCAUGUCCGACGUGGCCAACAUGCUGGCCCUGCUGAACACCGCCAUCAACUUCUUCCUUUACUGCUUCAUCAGCAAGCGGUUCCGCACCAUGGCGGCCGCCACGCUGAAGGCCUUCUUCAAGUGCCAGAAGCAACCCAUCCAGUUCUAUACCAACCAUAACUUCUCCAUAACCAGUAGUCCCUGGAUCUCGCCGGCGAACUCGCACUGUAUCAAGAUGCUGGUAUACCAGUAUGACAAGAAUGGGAAGCCUAUAAAAGUCUCCCCUUGA